GAUUCCUCUGCUGUCUUGUCUGCCUCUCUGAAUUCUACCUUCUACUCCCUGGAACAUUUGAAACACGGCCUGUCCCUCCCUCGUCCCGGCCUCAGCAUCUCACCACCAUCAUCGCUGUCACCAUUCCCUGUCGCCCACGUACUCCUCGUCGACACCAGUAACAAGUCACGAACGUUACUGUACAUACGACCUGUACCAGGAGGCACAGCCGCGGUAGCAGUUGCCAUACGAGCUACGAGAACCGUUGGACCGACACCUUCGCCUGGCCACUUCCUGCUCCGGAAGCCCUUCCUUUGCGCCUCGACUUGAUCUGGACCUGUCGAGCUACGCACAUAACGACAACCUUCUGCACUAUCAGUUGAUGUCAGUGCCGUCCACUACAUCGACCUCGACAACCUCGAAGACGACAUCGACAUAGACGCCCUGGAAAUAGACAGCUGCCAUUAGGACAAACACCGACCACCCCCCUCCAGCGAACAUGGCCUCAACCACAUUCGGAGCGACUAUCGUCCCUGCUACGGAGCAGGAGCUAGAGCCACAGCGCUCGCCAUCACUACUCCCUCCUGCAAUGGCUCAUUCGCCUGCCAUCACGCCGCAGCCUUCACGCGAAUCGCUGACGCACGACUACGGAAGCGGAGCGCCGGUGCAAUCGCCAUUCUACACCCACCCACCUGCAUCGCACGAGGCCAUUCCUGCAGCUACGAAAAAGUCUCGCCUCGACGUCUACGAAAAGGAUCUCGAGUCUGGUAACGACGCACCUCUGACUCCUCUCUCCGACGAUGAAAAUCCCUUCUCCAAACGUCUCGCCGUCGACCACAACAAGGAAUGCACCAUGUGGCCGAGCAAGCAGACGUUGAAGCAAAAGUACCAGGCUGAGAAACAAAAGAGACGGCAGAACAAGGGCAUCAAGGUCCUGAACCCCAUUCGGGAGAAAUGGACUGCAAUGAGUAGUCGGAGCAAGCUGAUUGCGAAGAUCAUGCUGGCACUGUUCAUUGUCGGUGUUGCUGUUGCUCUUGGUGUGGGCAUCAGCGCUGCCGUCAAGGGAACAUAUUACGUUGGCUCAGGCUCGAACCGGAGCAUCGACACGUAGUCGACCAUCUUUCUCACUCACUCCCUUCUCCACUUAUCGCGGCGCUGCUACACGUUACAUAAUUGUCAUCGUCUGCUCACCCCACACAUGCGCGCGAUACCCUUUUGCUAUACCCGAGGAGACAUUGUAAUUAUUUGCGUCAUUUGGCGAGGCGUUCAGGAAGGCAGCCCACAAGGCACGAAGAAGGAAUAUCAUCACAUACACAUCAUGGCGGCAGGAAAUGGCUGUGCACGACGGGUUGCAACAGCAUCUGCAGGAAGGCUUCUCUUUUGUCAAAUGUUUCAUGUUAUGGCGAGUGAUGGGAGAGCAGGCUACGAUGAGAGCACAGAACAUGGGCUGUAUGGAGUUUGCAUGUGUCAGUAACGGCCGAUAU